AGUACGACUGGUGGUUUUGCUUUGCUCUGAGCUGUCGUUAUCUUCUGACGUCGUUACUCGUUGCUGAAAAACGCGGCAAUACAAAUUUUUAAACGAUUUUAUUAAAUUUUGAAUUAUAAUGAGUGAUAUUAUAAGUGUUAAAGCUCCAGUUAAUAUUGCUGUUAUAAAGUAUUGGGGAAAACGUAACGAAAAAUUGAUAAUUCCGUUAAAUGAUUCCGUAAGCGCUACUUUGGAUACGAAAGUUAUGUGUGCUAAAACUUCUGUAUGCGCUCGACCUGAUUUUGUUGAAGACAGAAUUUGGCUUAACGGUGUUGAAGAAUCAGUUAAAAAUGAACGGCUGCAAAACUGUUUAAUCAAAAUAAGGAGUAUAGCAACUGAACAACAAAGUGUAGAGAAAGAUUUCCUACAAUGGAAAGUUCAUAUUUGUUCUGAGAAUAAUUUCCCUACUGCAGCGGGUUUGGCAUCUUCUGCCGCAGGAUACGCGUGUCUAGUUACUGCACUGGCAAAACUAUACAAAGUUAAGGCUGAUUUAAGCGAACUUGCACGCCUUGGAUCCGGAAGUGCAUGCAGAAGUAUAUAUGGUGGAUUUGUGCGUUGGCAUGCAGGUACGAAACCUGAUGGCAGUGAUAGUGUAGCUAAACAAGUUGUCGACUCACAGCACUGGUCAGAAAUGAGAGUUUUAGUCCUUGUUGUGGCAGAUACUAAAAAGCAUAUAAGUUCAUCAACUGGAAUGAAAAUAACAGCUGAAACAUCGGAAUUCAUUAAACAUCGCGUAGAGGUUACAGUGCCUUCACGAGUAGAAAAAAUUUGUGACGCUAUUAAGCAAAAAGAUUUUACAACUUUUGCAGAAUUAACUAUGAAAGACAGUAAUGAAUUUCAUGCAACUUGCCUUUCUGCAUAUCCACCAUGUGUUUAUUUAACAGACACAUCACACAAAAUCAUUCAAAUUGUUCAUUUUUAUAAUGAAAUGUGUGGUUCACCAAAAGUUGCAUACACCUUUGAUGCUGGUCCAACUGCAUGCCUAUACCUUCUUGAAGAUGAAGUGCCAAAAGUAUUAUCUUUGAUCAAUCAUUUCUUCCCAUCAUCGUCAAACAAAGAUUUUGUGAAAGGUUUGCCUUGUCCAACAUUGGAAAAUAUAGAAUUCUUGAAAAAUUCGAAAAUUCAACCUUCAGGCAAUGAUCUUAUAAAAUAUGUUAUAUACACAAAAGUGGGUGAUGGUCCAAUAAUUUUAAAUGAUAGUGAUCACUUAUUAAAUGAAAAUGGAAAACCAAAGUAAAAUGUACAGAUCGUUAUCUGUAUACACCAUUGUGUAUUUUUUUAUGUAGUAAUAAUAUGUAUUAACUAUUAAGUUUUUAUUGGAAUAUUUAUUAUGGAUGUAGGUAUAAUUUAUACAGAUAAUGGAUGGGAAAUAAUUGUGCACUUUUGUAUUGUGUAGAAGAUAAUUAUUUAUGACUCUUUUAUUGGGAAUGGUGCUUCGUAAUUUAAAUAAUUGUUAAGUCCGUAUUAUAUUUUGA